AUGAAGGUUGAGUUUGCUCCGCUCUCCGUGCCACUGCGGAGGAGGCUUCAGACGGCGUCGGUGGUGCAAUGGGUCUUCAGCUUCCUAGGUCUGGCACAGUGCUGCGCAGCUGUCUUCAUCGCCCUCUUCUUCACCCGUUUUUGGCUGGUCAGUGCCCUCUACGCUGCAUGGUGGUUCAUAGACAGGGAAAAACCCAGCAAGGGUGGGAGGCGGAUCCACGCCGUCCGGAACAGCAUCGUCUGGAGGUACAUGAGGGACUAUUUCCCCGUCACGCUGGUGAAGACGGCAGAGCUGGACCCUAGGCAGAACUACUUGAUGGGAUUUCAUCCCCACGGGGUCAUGGCAGCAGGAGCCUUUCUCAAUUUCUGCACAGAGGCAUCGGGCUGGUUUCGCGUCCCAUUUUUUAGGGACUACCUGAUGAGCGGAGGGCUUGUCUCUUCCGACAAGGAGAGCGCAUCCUACGUGCUCCAGAAGCCGGAGGGUGGGAAUGUGCUGACCAUCAUCGUUGGCGGGGCACAGGAGGCCCUGGAUGCCCGGCCGGGAUCCUGCACCUUGCUGCUGAAGAAUAGGAAGGGAUUUGUCCGCCUGGCCAUCGAGCACGGCACCCCGCUGGUCCCCAUCUUUUCUUUUGGGGAGAAUGACCUCUUCGAGCAGGUGAGAAACCCCAAGGGCUCCUGGCUGCGGCAGCUCCAGCACCGGCUCCAGCAGAUCAUGGGAAUCUCCCUUCCCCUCUUCCAUGCACGAGGUAUCUUCCAGUACAGCUUCGGGCUAUUACCCUACCGCCGACCCAUCUGCACCGUGGUUGGGAAGCCAAUUCCAGUGCAGAGGAAGCACAGACCUUCUGAGGAAGAGGUUGAUGAAGUCCAUCAGAAAUACCUAAACGAAUUGUUCAAGCUCUUUGAAGAGCACAAAGCUAAGCACAACAUACCGGAAGACAGACACCUGGAAUUCAUAUAG